UCCUGGGGCCAGUUUCUAGUUGUUGCAUUCUUUCUCUUCCCCAGGAAACGGGUGUUGGUGGGAGGGGGACGCUGGCGAUUGUGGCUUAGGGGACCGGAGGCUUGUGGCCACCAUGGCGACCCGAAGCCUAACGGACGCCUAUGUGCUGAUGCGGAACCGAGCGGCCCAGAGCCGGCAGCUGCUGGCCGAGCAAGUGAGUAAAAAGCCGGGACAGGCCCUGGGCCGCGGCGCUGCGGAGUUGGAUGAGAUUGCUGAUGAUCGCAUGGCGUUGGUGUCCGGGAUCAGUCUGGAUCCAGAAGCUGCCAUUGGUGUCACCAAGAAACUGCCUCCGAAAUGGGUGGAUGGAGUGGAGCAGAUUCAGUUUGACAUCACCAGAAUCAAACAGAAGAUGAAGGAGCUGGCUGGUUUACAUGACAAGUAUCUGAACCGGCCAACACUGGAUGACAGCAGUGAGGAGGAGCAUGCGAUAGAAAUUACCACACAGGAAAUAACACAGAUGUUCCACCGGUGUCAGCGAUCAGUGCAGAGCCUGCAGGGAAAAUGGCGCAGCUGCACAGAGCAGGAAGAACGGGUCCUACGAAAUGUCGUCUCCUCUCUAGCACAAGCUCUUCAAGACCUGUCGACUAAUUUUCGACAUGCCCAGUCCAAUUAUCUCAAACGUUUGAAGAAUCGAGAGGAAAGAUCCAAACACUUUUUUGACACGUCGGUGCCACUAAUGGAUGAUGGUGAAGACAACAAUCUUUAUGACAAGGGUUUUACAAACGAUCAGUUGCUACUGGUGGAAGAGAACACUCUGAUGGUGGAAGAACGGGAGAAGGAGAUCCGACAAAUUGUACAGUCAAUCUCGGACUUGAAUGAAAUCUUCAGGGAGCUGGCCACCAUGAUAGUGGAACAGGGGACUAUUUUGGACCGGAUUGAUUACAACGUUGAACAAUCCUGUAUUAAAACAGAAGAGGGCUUGCAGCAGUUGCAGAAGGCUGAGCAAUACCAGAAGAAGAAUCGAAAGAUGUUGGUCAUUCUGAUUUUGUUUGUGAUAGUAGUGGUUCUCAUUAUUGUGUUAAUAGGAGUCAAAUCAAGGUGAUCGGCAGGAACUCCCCUACAGUGGGAACGCAUGAGGAAAAUGCACUAGGGUUGGUGAUAAAAAUGUCUGAGAGGGGGAACUAUGGAACAGGAUCAGAUCCUCUGAAUUACUUCACUCCAGAAAAUCAGGAACAUAUUGUGAUUGCUGUGUUGUAAAUUGAG